CAGUCACGUUAACACAACAACACGUCAACUGUCAAAGGCAUGUAAACAAAAUAAAUUGAUUUUAAUAAUUUACGGAUUUAUUUGUACAGAAUUCAUAACUGACGGCAACCAUGUGCAAUCUCUCAAAAAAAAUUUAUCCCUGAGAAUAUCAACGCGUAAAAUUAUUUCCAAAUCAAUGAAAAUUUGAAGAUAAUUUAUAGAAAAAGAAAAAUAUAAACAUGUUUGUUUAUCUAAGUAAAAAAAUUGCAAUACCCAACAACUAUCGAUUGAAUUGUAUCUCAUGGAAUCAAAAACAGGGUUUCAUUGCUGUCGGAGGAGAAGAUGGUCUUCUAAAAGUACUUCGUGUCGAUGGGAAUACUUCAGGAUCAAGUAGUGGUAAUAAAACUCGCGGUGUUGCUUCCGGCAAUAAUCUCAGUAUGAAUCAAACCUUAGAGGGUCACAAUGGUCACGUUCAAGUGAUAACAUGGAACGAGGAAUACAAAAAAUUAACAUCCAGCGAUCAGAAUGGUGUCAUAAUUGUUUGGAUGUUAUAUAAAGGAUCAUGGUAUGAAGAGAUGAUAAAUAAUCGAAAUAAAUCAGUGGUAAAGGGAAUGGCAUGGAGUCAAGAUGGUCAAAAAAUUUGCAUUGUCUAUGAAGAUGGUGCCGUAAUUCUUGGAUCAGUUGAUGGAAGUCGAAUUUGGGGUAAGGAUUUAAAGAAUACAGCACUUUCUGGAGUUCAAUGGUCGCCUGAUGGAAGACUUCUUUUAUUUGGUUUAAAAACAGGCGAGGUACAUCUCUACGAUAAUCAAGGUACAUUUUUAACGAAAUUAAAUAUCGUCCCAUUGAAUACAGGUCAGCCGCAGACAAUUGUUGCAAUGCAUUGGUAUGAUGGUAAAAAUGGCUAUACAUCUUUGGAUUUUCCAACAUUGGCAAUAUGCUAUCAAAAUGGUAAAGUUCAAUUAACUCGAGAUACAGCUGAUGAAAAUCCAAUUGUCAUUAAUACAGGAAUGGCAGCAGUUUGGUGCGCUUGGAAUAGUAAUGGCUCUUUACUUGCUGUUACUGGAAUAAUACAAGGAUUCAAUACUGGUGAUAGUAAAGAAUCAAAUGCAAUUCAAUUUUACACUCCACACGGUCAACAUGUGAGGACUUUGAAAAUUCCUGGCAGAGAAGUCACUUGUUGUUCCUGGGAAGGGGGAUCAUUACGUGUCUCUUUAUCUGUUGAUUCGCAUAUUUAUUUCGCAAAUAUAAGACCCGAUUACAAAUGGACAUAUUUUAGUAACACUGUUGUAUUUACAAAUGAAAGAAUCAGCAAUGAUGGAAUAUGCAUUACUUUCUGGAAUACAAGUAACAAUACUUGUUGUACAAAAUAUGUACGAUCAUUGAUUUCAAUUACAUCACAGGGAGAACAUUGUCUCUUGGCUAUUAGGAAUGAUCCAGUUCAAGGAUCGGAGGAAUUUGUUUUGAUGGUUUGUAAUACAAUAUCGACGCCAAUUGAUACUAAGUUUACUGAUUUAGAACCAUUACAUGUGACAAUGACAAAUAAUGCUGUUAUUGCAGCUUCUAAGAAUAAUUUUUUGAUUUGGAAUUUUCGUACACCUCGUAUAUCAGUUUUGAAUGCGGCAAGAAUGAGAAAGGAUAAAAUUUAUCAUGUUGACGAUACACCAACGGGAGUGACGGAAGUUAUUCAAGAUUUAGAUAAAGAUCGAACAUUUGAAACUCCACUUAAUACAAAAGCAACAAUGGAUCCAAUUUGUUGUAUUUGUGCUACAGAUAAAGUUCUUCUAUUGGGUAGAGAAUCGGGAAUGAUUCAACGUUAUUCGCUUCCUCAAGUGACUUUGAUAAAUAGAUACAAUACUUCAAGUAAGCCUGCUAAAAUAGCAAUUAAUUGCAAUUCUACAAGAGCGUCUAUAAUGGACCAAGCGGGAAUUUUAACAAUGUUGGAUUUAGAGACACAGAAAAAUUUCAACACCGACGAAGAAGAGGAGGAUGUCAGUAAAUUUGAGAGAAAAGAUGUUUGGGCAAUGUGUUGGGCACAAGAUAAUCCCUCUCUUAUAGCAAUUAUGGAAAAGACGAGAAUGUACGUUAUUAGAGGUUUAGAUCCAGAAGAACCGAUCUCAUGUUCCGGUUAUAUUUGUUCAUUUCAAGAUUUAGAAAUACGUUGUGUUCUUCUUGAUGAAUUGAUACAAAAACCAGAGGAAACAAAUUCAGAAAUGGUGAUUGAUUUAGAAGUGAAAUCAUUGAGAGAUACCAGAGAACUUUUGUCGAAAGUUGGUUUAAAGGAAGCUAAUAAUUUUAUUCAGGACAAUCCACAUCCUCGACUUUGGCGUUUAUUGGGCGAAUCGGCUUUGAAAGAUUUAGAUUUAGAAACAGCAGAAAAUGCAAUGGUUCGUUGUACAGAUUAUUUGGGAAUUCAGUUUAUUAAACGGCUGAGAAAUAUUCACAAUGAUCAAUUGAAAAAGGCAGAGAUUGCAGCAUUUCUUGGUAAUUACAAUGAGGCAGAAAAAUUAUAUCUUGAUUUAGAUAGAAGAGAUUUGGCAAUUAAUUUACGACAAAAACUUGGUGAUUAUUUUCGUGUUGUUCAAUUAAUGAAAAUGGGUAUUGGUGGCUCUGACAAACAAAUGGAGCAUGCUUUUAACAAAAUUGGCGACUACUUUGCUGAAAGACAAAAUUGGCAAGGUGCUAGGGAAUAUUAUGAGAAAGGACGAAAUCUUGAGAAGCUAGUUGAGUGUUAUUAUAAAUUGGAAGAUUAUCACGAGUUGGCAACAACAGUUGAUCAAUUGCCUGACAAAAGUCCUAUUUUAAAGGGUGUGGCAAAAAUGUUGGCUUCCGUUGGAAUGUGCUCUCAAGCAGUUGCGGCUUAUAUUAAAUACGGUGAUGUGAAGCAAGCAGUAGACACUUGCGUGCGUUUAAAUCACUGGGAUCAGGCUGUUGAUUUAGCCAAGACAUAUAAAAUGGCACAAAUUGGCGAAUUGUUAAAUAAAUAUGCCAAUCAUUUAUUAACAAAUGGAAAAAAAUUACAAGCAAUUGAACUUUAUAAAAAAGCUAAUUAUCAUUUGGAAGCAGCGAAAUUGCUUAUGAAAUUAGCAGUGGAACAAGCGAAGGGGCGAACAAAUCCAUUGAGAGUGAAAAAAACUUAUGUUUUGGCAGCAUUACUUAUUGAAGAUCAUAUAAAUAGUACGCCAAUUGCAAAAGGAACGAGAAGUAAUAUUAUUAUGGGACUUUCGGAGAGUAAUGAAGAUACACGAGUUAUUGAAACUGCUUGGAGAGGUGCUGAGGCUUAUCAUUUUUUACUUCUCGCUCAUAAACAACUUUAUGAAGGUGAUUAUGAUUCGGCAAUGAAAACAGCAUUACGACUACGUGAAUAUGAAGAUUUUUUAGAAACAGAAGAUAUAUAUUGUUUAUUGGCAUUGUCAAGUUGUCUCAAUCAGGCAUUUGCAACAUGUUCAAAAGCUUUUAUUAAACUUGAAGCAUUGGAUAAUAUUUCUAAUACAAUACGUGAAGAAUAUGAAGAAUUGGCUUUAAAUAUCUUUAUGAAACACAGUCCAAAAGAUACACGUAGCACUAAAUCAGAAUGUGUUAGUUGUGAAAGUUUAAUUCCUGAUUGGUGUGUUGCAUGCCCUAAUUGUAUGACGAGAUUUUCAGCUUGUGUUGUUUCUGGUAAACCAAUUAUGGAUCCAAACACAGCUUGGAUUUGUACAGUUUGCAAACAUCAUGCGGCUUCUGAACGAGAUGUCGUUAAUAUCAGGGCCUGUCCUUUAUGUCACAGUACUAUCACAUACAUGUAAUUUUCCUCAUUGAUAGAAAUAAUUUUUUUUACAAUUAAUUUUUAUCAGUUUUUUUUUUAAUUUCAGUGAUAUUUAAAUUUUUUUAUUUUAAGUAUUAUAGUAUUCUUUUAUUAGUAAAAUAUUUCAUUUUUGUUGCACGAAAUUUUCGAGAAAUGUUCUUAAAUUAUAAUUUUCAUUAGAAAAAAUUCAUAUAUAUUUUCCUAUAUUAAGAAUAUUGAUCUAUGUAAUAAAAGUAUUUUCAGUUUGAACUAAAUUAAUAGCUUUAAUUAGAACUACACCAGUGACAUAUAUCCAAAAAGACUAUUCAUAAUUAAGAUGAUAUCGAUCACUAUUUUAAUUUACAAUUUA